AUGCCGGACCUUCGCAAGAAGCCGCGCCCGACGGUCGACGCGUCGCUCUGCCGGGCGGUGCUGCUCAACCCCGAGCUGCGUCUGCUCGUGCAUGCCUACCAAGAUGGCAUCUUUGAGGAUCUCGCACCGCUUGCUGCAGAAGCCAUCGGCAUACGCCAACGCGCUUGUACGUCGCAAGCCAACGCGGCGCGGCAGCUCAUCCUGCCCGAACGGUACUUUGCCGCGUACCGGACGCGCACGCUGAGCUCCGACGACCUUUGCUUGGAGCCUGCGCGCCUCGAUGCGCUCGCGCUGCAUUUAGCGCUCUUUGAAGGCAACAUACGCGUCGUGCAGCGAUGGUUGCGCUGCCACCCGACGCAUCUCACGCCGCGGGCCGUCGACUGCGCGACACGGUAUGCUCACAUGGAGCUCGUCGAGUGGCUGCUUGCGCGGACGAAAGGCACGUCGGCGGCGGUCGACUACGCGGCUAUGAUCGGCCACAUGGGGCUGCUCACGAUCCUCCUGGCCUCCGCACCGGGCUCGUAUCGGGCCAUGGAUGCUGCCGCGACACAUGGCCAUCUCGAGGUGCUCUGGCACCUGCACACGCACACGUCGCUCAGCCCAAGCCUUCGAGCGAUCGACGGCGCCGCCGCAAACGGCCACUUGCAUACGGUUCGCUUCCUUGACGAGCAUCGGACGGUCGGCUGCUCCAUGGACGCCAUGGAUGCUGCCGCCGGGAACGGCCACCUGAACGUUGUGCGCUAUCUGCACACGUACCGAGACGAAGGGUGCUCGGUCCUUGCAAUGGACUCGGCGGCCGCGAACGGGCACUUGGAGAUUGUGCAGUGGCUCCACGCGCACCGCCACGAAGGCUGCUCGGUCCGCGCCAUGAACAGCGCUGCCACACAUGGGCACUUGGAGGUCGUGCAGUGGCUGCAUGCGCACCGAAGCGAGGGCUGCUCGACGCUUGCGAUGGACGGCGCGGCGGCCAACGGCCACUUGGACGUCGUCCAGUGGCUCCACGCGCACCGCGUCGAGGGCGGUACCGAGGCCGGCGUUGCCGAGACGCGGGACGCGGGCUUUCCCGACAUUGCCGACUUUAUGCGAUCGCAUUGCGAUCUCCGCAUCGGGCGCACACCGGUGACCGACGACGACGACUCGGAUGCGUCGGGCGACGACGAUGUGCUGAAAAUGCUCUACGACGACGACGACGACCUUAACUACCGGCGCUGGUCAUCAUUGUAA